UCGCCAUGAGUGCGUGCAUUUACAUGAUCCUGGCCAUUGCAUUCAACCGAUACCAAGCCAUUUGUAAUCCAAUGCUGUACAGGCCCAAGGCAUUUGUCAGCUUCUUGAUCGUGGUGCUCAUCGCCGUAUCGACGAAUUUGGCUCGGUUUUACGAGUUUGAGAGCAUCCAGGAGGACAACAGCACCUACUUGGUGACCACCAUUCUCAACGAGAAUCCCAAUUUCGUGGUGUUUAAUAGCAAUUUUGAGCUCUUCACCACGGGACUGAUCCCGCUCUUCGCGCUAUGCUUCUACAAUUUUAUGAUCUACAUGCAAAUCAGGAAGUCAAAUUUCAUCAAGGGGCGAUUCGUCGGCUCCAGGAUGCGAUCCCAAUCCAAUCAGACCAACUCGGAUCUGGGAGGCGGGAUCGAAAUGGACGCACUGGGUCGGGAGAUCGGAUCUACCGGACACAACAAACGCAUUAUUCCACCCCAAAUCAGCUCCUAUCGAAACCUAAGGGAGGCGGAGUGUGCUCCAUUUCUCCAGCAUCCCAUGGAGAAACGUGGCAAUGCAAGAGGGAUUCAAUUUUUGCGAACUUCAUCCUCGCCCACGAGUUGCUCGUCGGUCCGAGACCCCAAGUCUCGGGCCUUCCUGGGCUCCUUGAUCCGGCCAUUCUCCCCGCCCUCCCACAAUCAGGAUCCCUCUCAUCAAUGUCAUCCCAAUUGCCCUUUUUACCUGGAGCACGCGGCUCCCUCGAUGAUGAGUCGAGGCCGAGGACGAGAAGGAGGCCGACAAGGAGGAGGUCAUCGAACUGGCCCUAAGGACUUGUUCUCCUCGGUGUCCUCGUCCUAUCCUCCUCGGCAGUUCUCGGUGUCCAACGGGGGCAGCCGAAAGCUGCUCAAAAGGUCGUCGAGUGGGUCGUCGAACUCAACGCGGGAAUCCCUCCGCCAUGGAACAUCUGGAUCCCGAACUAGAACAUCACUGGGACCUCGACGAUCUCUCGAGGGAAAUCAUCUGACUCAUCCGCCCCACUCGAUGAAGGCUGCUUCUACUGCUGCUAGUGGAACAUCUGCUUUGGGCCAUCCGCUAUCGUCAUCCCCUCCAUCACCCUCUCCAUGUCAUCCCCAUGCUCUUCCUCCUCCUUCUCCUCCUCCUCCUCUUCCUCCACUUGUUCAUGCCAUGAAUCAGAAGAAACGAUCGUCGUUUCGUGGCCCAAUUCGCAAGACUGCCCAACCCUACCGAAGGAAGACUGAGAAGUCCACUGCCAUCCUGCUUGGCAUCAUCCUCGUAUUCAUAUCGUGUCACGUCCUUAGAUUUAGUAUUCAACUUUACGAGGUGUUCGCUCAAGGGAACGGGGUGCACCGCCACUACAAGUAUUGCGAGAAGCUGGGCAAACUGCACACGCCCCUGGCCAUGCCCAUCUUGGCGAGUGUCAGCCACUUGCUCAUCAUCGUCAACUCAUCCGUCAACGUCCUGAUCUACUAUUGCUGUGGGGACAGAUUCCGACGGGGUCUGUGUCGGCUCCUUGAGCAUUUUCAUUCGGCCUGUCUGGCCGUGUUCUGGCCCCAACAAGCACGGACCAGGAAUGAACUCAAGCGGUUCAACUCGUUCUCGGAUUUCAAAUGAACCAUCAGCAACUAUUCCGAUGGGACGGUCGACAGUCCUCGAGCGGGGCCAGAACUUCGAGUUAUGAAUUAUGAUUGACCUCUAAUGUACGUACGUCCGUAACCACCUACAUACAUACCUAUCUUUUAUUCCGACUUGUGCAUAAUCCGUUGAUCAACGUACGUAAUAACUACAGUAUACAUCCAUUAUAUCAAACUCUCUUUAAGUCAGUGUGUCUUGUUCGAGUUCAUUAUCAGAAAGGCCUUGGCCAUUGAAUUAUCUGUCCUUGGUAAAUAACGAAUACAAAAUUUAUAGUAAAAAAAAAGCAGAUGUCAAGGCUUCCUUUCUUCCUUCAUGUGUCAUCAUUCGACUAAGACCACGAUCAAAACGUCUCUUCU